GUACUGCUGCCGUUGAGCCUCAGAAGAAGAAGCAGAAUCUCACAUGACUUCAGUGUUUGUUCCCGUGAUCCUGAUCAGUGUGAGUGUGUGUGAGAGUCAGAGCACUGAUGGAUCAGCUGCAGCUCAACACACACUCUUCACACAGAAACAAGUUUAUCUGCAGUUACAAAAAUCAAGUCACGAAGGUUGCACAAACAGCUGAAGGUUUGGCAGUGUCUGGUGGUCCUCGUGCUUUAGCUCAUGUGGAUGGAAAUGUUCACUAUCAGUUUCACACAGAAAAUCCUGGAGGACAGGUGACGUACCGAGUGACUCCUGUCUCAGAUCAAAUACUGGAGGGUAGAAGAGAAGUCGGAGAGCCGGUUAACGUCACCGGAUCCCUGCAGACAGUAAUUCAACACUCCUUCAGUAAUGGAGGCGGUCCUGAUGGGCAAGGUGACCGAGAGGAGGCACGAUGUGUGUGUUUCCCAGCAUCACCUGUGAGCGAGGGAACAGCAACCGAACCCACAUUCACACAAACGACAGGUCAGUUCUACGUGAUGAUGACUCCUUCAGACGCUCUGCUUUCGGCCUCUCAGCGGACUAUAGCUCCACGCACACACACUCACACUGUAGAUGAACUCAACACACAACAGCAUGAAGGUUUUAACUGGCACAUGGACAGUCCGCGCACCCCUAGGGAUGAGAGGAGAAGAGCACAACAUAAUGAAGUUGAAAGGCGACGGCGAGACAAAAUCAACAACUGGAUUGUGACGCUCUCGAAAAUGAUCCCAGACUGUGGUAUAGAUGGUGCCAAGACUGCAGCGAGUAAAGGUGGGAUCCUGUCGAAGGCGUGCGAUUACAUCGGUGAGCUGAAGCAACAUAAGCGGAGGCUUCAGGAGAGUUUGAGAAGAGCAGAGAGAGUACAGAUGGACAAUGAGCUGCUCAGACAGCAGCUGGAGGAGCUCAAGAGCGAGAACGGCCGUCUCCGAGCACAGCUGGAGCAGCACGGCAUCCACAUGUUCACGCAAUGAGCCUCAGGCAUUCUGGGAAAGAGAUUCUGGCCCUUCAGGACUGAAGUGGGCCGAAUGAAACAUGUUGACUUCAAGAGUCAAGAGUCUCUCAGAGCUGUAUGUCUGAUACAGUGCAGCCAUGCUUGCUGCAGUUGAGGUCAGAGGUCAAGAAGUCUUUAAUUGCACUGACACCAGGAUCCUAUGAGCCUGAAAGCAUCUAUUUAUUCAUCCUGACUAACUCCGGACUAAACAGUGGAAUACUUGUUGUUUUUUUUAGUUUUCUCUGCCUUAUGAAACACCCCAGACAUUUUCCUUUUGCUAAUUUUCCAGCUUUGUUGCUUUCAAUUUUGUCUCCAUGCUUUUUCUUGAAGUAUUAGUUGUUUGUUCAGUGCCUCGUUUAAUUUAAAAUCCUCCCGGAGAAAACUCUUCCUCUUUGUGUUCUUCUGGAAGGUCGUUACGGGAUGAAUGAAGCCGUGAAGAAAUGUCAUUAGCGGUUCCAGUGAAAUUUAGUGUUAAAAUCGGAAACAAAAGCACCUGCACGUACGAGUCCCUCAAAAAAAUGAGCUCCGUCUGGGAUUAUUAGCUUCUUAUCUCGGAAAGCAUCAACUAAUCUAAGAAGCAAAUGAGAAAAUAUUCAAAAAGCUAUUACGUAGAGAAAUGCUGGACAUCUCAGGACUGAACUUAACCUCCAAAAUCCCUGAUUAACAUGAUGGACCGCUACAAAUAGCCACUUUGUUCUUCGUUUACUGAUUUGUUUGUGUCAUAUUUAUAUAUUUAAGCUCAUUUUCUGUUAUUUUUCUCCAUGUCAAGACAUUAUUCCUCCAUUAAUCAAAUCCAGGAAAAUUGAUU